AUGACAUAUGCACGUGAACAUGGAAGAAAAAUGACUCAAAAUAGUCAUUCAUCUGAGCGUGGUGGUGCAAAAGAUGCAGCCGAUCAGAAUUUUGAUUACAUGUUCAAACUGUUAAUUAUCGGAAACUCGAGUGUUGGAAAAACAUCAUUUUUAUUCCGUUAUGCCGAUGAUUCUUUCACCUCAGCAUUUGUCAGUACAGUUGGAAUUGAUUUCAAGGUUAAAACCGUCUUUCGGCAAGAUAAACGUGUUAAAUUGCAAAUAUGGGAUACAGCUGGUCAAGAACGAUACAGAACGAUAACAACUGCGUAUUAUCGAGGAGCUAUGGGAUUCAUAUUAAUGUAUGAUAUAACAAAUGAAGAAUCAUUCAAUGCUGUUCAAGAUUGGUGUACUCAGAUCAAGAUGUACUCAUGGGACAAUGCUCAGGUUGUUUUAGUUGGAAAUAAAUGUGAUCUCGAACACGAUAGAGCUGUUACAACUGAACGUGGGAAAAGGCUUGCUGAUCAAUUAGGUCCGUUCACAUUCAUUAAAACAUAUUCAUGGGAUAAUGCGCAAGUUAUAUUAGUUGGUAAUAAAAGUGAUAUGCAAACUGACAGAAUCAUUCAAAGUGAACAGGGAGAAAAAUUAGCAUCAUCUCUUGGAUUAGAAUUUUUUGAAACAUCUGCAAAAGAAAAUAUUAAUGUAAAAGCCGUAUUCGAACGACUAGUGGAUAUUAUAUUAGAUAAGAUGACUGAUGCGGUUGAUGAUCCGAGUGCUGGAGGAAAUUAUGGAGCCCAAAACGUUGGUGGAUACAGUAAACAAACAACACGUUUAACAGCAAAUGAUCAACAGCAAAGAGGAAGUAGUUGUCAGUGUUGA